AUGACAGGUGAUAUGUACUUUGUAGAUGUUAUGACAGGUGAUAUGUACUUUGUUGAUGUUAUGACUGGUGAUAUGUACUUUGUUGAUGUUAUGACAGGUGAUAUGUACUUUGUAGAUGUUAUGACAGGUGAUAUGUACUUUGUAGAUGUUAUGACAGGUGAUAUGUACUUUGUUGAUGUUAUGACUAUAUGUACUUUGUUGAUGUUACGACAGGUGAUAUGUACUUUGUUGAUGUUACGACAGAAACAUAACUGUUUUAACGACCUUUACGAGUGGUCAAGAGAUCAUCGUGUGCACCACAAGUUUUCGGAGACUGAUGCUGACCCUCAUAACGUCAACAGAGGUUUUUUUUUCGCACAUAUGGGCUGGCUCAUGCAUAAGAAGCAUCCUGACGUUCGAGAAAAAGGACUUACGGUCGACUGUAGCGACCUCUUACGGGAUCCCGUUGUGAGAUUUCAAAAAAA